AUGGAGAUCAACCCCGCGGACGAGAUCGACAAGUGCGAGGCCGGCGGCGGCGCGGAGCCGCAGCCUGCAGAUCCGGAGCCCGAGGCUGCGUCGUCCGCCGCCGCGGCGCUGGAGCAGCAGCAGCAGCCGCCGUGGCGCGAGCAGCUGACGGCGCGGGGCUUGGUGGCCGCGGCGCUCAUCGGGUUCAUGUACACCGUCGUCGUGAUGAAGCUGAACCUCACGACGGGGUUCGUGCCCACGAUGAACGUGUCCGCCGCGCUGCUCGCGUUCCUGGCGCUCCGCGGCUGGACGGGCGCGCUGGCCCGCCUCGGCGUCGCCGGCGCCAGGCCCUUCACGCGCCAGGAGAACACCGUCGUCCAGACCUGCGCCGUCGCGUGCUACUCGCUGGCGCUCUGCGGGUUCGGGUCGUUCAUGCUGGGCCUGAACAAGAGGACGUACGAGGCGGCCGGGGUGGACACGCCGGGAAAUGUGCCGGGGAGCGUCAAGGAGCCAGGAUUCGGGUGGAUAACCGGCUUCCUCGUCGCCAGUAGCUUUGGCGGCCUCCUCACCUUGAUUCCCCUCAGAAAGGCUUUGGUCAUCGACUACAAGCUGACAUACCCAAGCGGGACGGCAACAGCUGUUCUUAUAAACGGGUUCCACACCCCUCAAGGAGACAAGAAUGCAGAGUGCCAUAACCGAUCCGAGAUUCUGAAUGAUUUUGCUCAUACUCAACUGCAAGAAGCAAGUACGUGCAUUUCUGAAAUACUUCGGGAUCAGCUUCUUCUGGAGCUUCUUCCAGUGGUUCUACACCGGUGGCAACGCCUGCGGAUUCGCUCAGUUCCCUACGUUUGGCCUCAAGGCCUGGAAACAAACUCCUUCGUGUGCAUAGCUCUGAUCAUGGGUGAUGGCAUCUACCACUUCGUCAAGGUCCUCGGCGUCACCGCCAAGAGCUUGCAUGAGCGAUCAAAACUCAGACGUGGCAACAACCGAGUGGCCGACGAGGGCAACACGGCAGCGAUCGACGACCUGCGGCGCGACGAGGUCUUCAACCGAGACUCCAUCCCGGCGUGGCUCGCGUACGCCGGGUGCGGUGGUACUACGUGGUGGCCGCGUACGCGCUGCCUGGCGCCCGUGCUGGGCUUCUCCAACUCCUACGGCGCCGGGCUCACGGACAUCAACAUGGGCUACAGCUACGGCCAGCUCGCGCUCUUCGUCCUCGCGGCGUGGGCCGGGCGCGACGACCGCAUCGUGGCCGGCCUCGUCGGCUGCGGGCUGGUCAAGCAGCUGGUGCUCAUCUCCGCCGACCUCAUGCACGACUUCAAGACGGCGCACCUGACCCUCACGUCGCCGCGGUCCAUGCUCGCCACGCAGGCCGUCGGCGCCGCCAUCGGCUGCGUCGUCACGCCGCUCACGUUCCUCCUCUUCUACAGGGCGUUCGACGUCGGCAACCCCAAUGGGUACUGGAAGGCGCCGUUCGCGCUCAUCUACCGCAACAUGGCGCUCCUGGGAGCGCAGGGCUUCUCGGCGCUGCCCACGAACUGCCUGCCGCUGUCCGCGGGGUUCUUCGCGUUCGCCGUGCUCGCCAACGUCAUCAAGGACGUCCUGCCGCCGCGGUACGCGAGGUACGUGCCCCUGCCGACGGCGAUGGCAGUGCCGUUCCUCGUCGGCGCCAGCUUCGCCAUCGACAUGGUUGUGGGGACCUUGGUGGUCUUUGCCUGGCAACGGAUUGACGGCAACGAGACCACGUUGCUGGUGCCGGCGGUGGCGUCAGGCCUAAUCUGCGGUGAUGGCAUAUGGACUUUCCCGUCGUCGUUGCUUUCUCUGGCCAAGAUCAAGCCACCCAUGUGCCUCAAAUUCACACCUGGAAGCUAG